AUGAACAAACAAAGGCUCUUGUCAACGACGGCACAAGAAGAAUGCAACAAAGGAAUCCGUCAAGCUUGCUCGUCUUCUAUAUCACCGGCCCAUAACUUUCUAAAUGUCCAGCCAGAUAACCGGAAAUCUCCAUUCAUACGAUCACAGUCUCCGGAUUCACCUGGUCAGCUAUGGCCAAAGAACAGUUCUCAGGGCACGUUCUCACGGUCUUCCACCUUCUGCACAAACCUCUACGUGUCGUCGUCUUCGAGCUCUGAGGCUCAGAAACAUCUAGGAAACAGUCUUCCCUUCCUCCCUGAUCCCUCAGCUUGUAGUACCCACUCAGCUUCUAAAGCGGAGUCUGCGAGAUCUCCACCUAUUUUCAGUGAGGAUUUCGCAAAUCCUUUUGAUGGAGACAGCUCCGGUUCACUUGUCAAAGAUUUCCUUAAUCUCUCUGGGGAAGCUUGUUCCGAUGGCGGUUUUCUUGAUCUUGACUGUUCGAAUGACAGCUACUGCUUAUCAGACCAGAUGGAAUUGCAGUUCUUGUCUGAUGAACUUGAGCUGGCCAUCACAGACCGCGCUGAAACUCCCAGGCUUGAUGAGAUUUAUGAAACGCCAUUGGCUUUAAAUCCAGUGACCAGAACGAGUCCAAGUCAAAACUGCGUUGCUGGAGCAAUGUCUAUCGAAGCAGUUUCAUCUCACCCUUCUCCUGGAUCAGCAGCCAAUCACAAGCCGAGAAUGAGAUGGACUCCUGAGCUCCACGAGCGCUUUGUAAAGUCGGUGGCCGAACUUGAAGGGCCUGAAAAGGCCACUCCAAAGGCUGUUCUGAAGCUCAUGAAUGUUGAAGGCUUGACGAUCUAUCAUGUAAAAAGCCACUUACAGAAGUAUAGACUAGCCAAGUACAUGCCAGAGAAAAAAGAAGAGAGAAAGAAUGAUAACUCGGAAGAAAAGAAAACGGCUUUGAGUAAUGAAGCUGAUGAGAAAAAGAAAGGGGCAAUACAAUUAACCGAAGCUCUGCGUAUGCAGAUGGAAGUUCAGAAGCAAUUGCAUGAACAGCUCGAGGUGCAACGUGUGCUUCAGCUACGAAUAGAAGAGCACGCUAAAUACUUGGAAAAGAUGUUGGAGGACCAACGCAAAGCCGGACAGUUGAUUUUUUCUUCUUCUUCUUCUUGUCAGGCAUUGCUAUCACCUCAGCCGUCAUUAUCUGCAAAGAAGAAAGCUGAAUCUGAAACUGAAGACGAUAAAUGUGAAUCCCCUCAGAAACGUCGCAAGCUUGACAACGGAGCUGAAUCUGAAGAUCCUAAGAGGUAG